CAGGCGGCAACCAGACCAACUUCCUUCCUCUCUGGACAAGAUGGCAGGGGGCGAAGCUGGGGUGACUCUGGGCCAGCCUCAUCUUUCUCGCCAGGAUCUCGCCACUUUGGAUGUUACCAAAUUGACUCCACUUUCACAUGAAGUUAUCAGCAGACAAGCCACUAUUAAUAUAGGUACAAUCGGUCAUGUAGCUCAUGGGAAAUCUACAGUUGUAAAAGCUAUUUCUGGAGUUCACACAGUCAGGUUCAAAAAUGAACUAGAAAGAAACAUUACCAUCAAGCUUGGAUAUGCUAAUGCUAAGAUUUAUAAACUUGAUGACCCAAGUUGUCCUCGACCAGAGUGUUACAGAUCCUGUGGUAGUAGUACACCAGAUGAGUUUCCUACGGACAUUCCAGGAACCAAAGGGAACUUCAAAUUAGUCAGACAUGUUUCUUUUGUUGACUGUCCCGGCCACGAUAUUUUGAUGGCUACUAUGCUGAACGGUGCAGCAGUGAUGGAUGCAGCUCUUCUGUUGAUAGCUGGUAAUGAAUCUUGUCCACAGCCUCAGACCUCUGAGCAUCUGGCUGCUAUAGAAAUUAUGAAACUGAAGCAUAUUUUAAUUCUACAAAAUAAAAUUGAUUUGGUAAAAGAAAGUCAGGCUAAAGAACAAUAUGAACAGAUCCUUGCAUUUGUACAAGGUACAGUAGCAGAAGGAGCUCCCAUUAUUCCAAUUUCUGCUCAGCUGAAAUACAAUAUUGAAGUUGUCUGUGAGUACAUAGUUAAGAAAAUUCCGGUACCCCCAAGAGACUUUACUUCAGAACCCCGACUUAUUGUUAUUAGGUCUUUUGAUGUCAACAAGCCUGGUUGUGAAGUUGAUGACCUUAAGGGGGGUGUAGCUGGUGGUAGUAUUCUAAAAGGAGUAUUAAAGGUGGGCCAGGAGAUUGAAGUCAGACCUGGUAUUGUUUCCAAAGAUAGUGAAGGAAAACUCAUGUGUAAGCCAAUCUUUUCCAAAAUUGUAUCACUUUUUGCGGAACAUAAUGAUCUUCAGUAUGCUGCUCCAGGGGGACUUAUUGGUGUUGGAACAAAAAUUGACCCCACUUAA